UACCCGCCUGCAAACUAAGCCCCAUCUAGCACGUCCCAUCCCAUAUCCAUAUUACCUACCCAAUCCCCGUGCCAGAUGAACGUUGCACAGCUUUCGCUUUUUCCUGUCUCUGCCACUGUUUACGUUUGCGUAUGCUAAACCGCCGAAGAGGCACCGCACCGCCUCUGCCUGCGCCUCGAGCUGGACGCUGGCGACGAGUUUGAUACGUCGCUGCGUAUAAGGAACGGUUUUGUUUUGCCUAUUGCCUAAGAGAGUUUCAUUUGGAAGCCCGAAACGGACAUCCUUCCGAUUUGCUUGUGUGCGCGUUUUGUUUCAGCGUUCUCGUCUGGGUAUACAAAAGCUAUCGUGUCCGUCCCGUCAGAAGCGCAGGACAAUAGUGCUGCACGCAAAAUGAACGAAACAACAGUAACUUCCAAGAAGCUUGCGACCCGCCGCCCGUGGUCUCUCCGGCGGAAACUCAUCCUAGGCGGCGCGCUUGCGCUCGCGGUGCUGGCGCUUGCCCUGGGCCUUGGGCUCGGCCUGACCAUCGGGCGCGAGCAUGACAGUGACGACGACGGAAACGGUGGUGGCGACAAUGGAUCGCCAGCGCCCACCUCAUCGCCCCUACCGACGCCUACAGGGAAUAUCACGUGGACACCGAAAGUAAACGACACAUGGCAGAUCAUCCUCCAGUCCAACAUGAUACUGGACAAAGACGCCACGAGCGUGACUCCGGACGUUGCCGUCUACGACAUCGACCUUUUUGAUACACCGGCCGAGACAAUCGCAACGCUGCAUCGCCUUGGCAAGAAAGUGAUUUGCUACUUCAGCGGGGGCAGCUAUGAGCCUAGACGGCCAGACAGCGGAGACUUUAAGGAGGAGGAUAUGGGGAAGGAGUUGGAUGGGUGGCCGGGGGAAAGAUGGCUGAAAUUGGGAAGCGAGAAUGUAAGGGGCAUCAUGAAGAAGAGGGUGGAGCUAGCAGGGAAAAAGGGUUGCGACGGGGUGGAUCCGGACAAUGUUGACGGAUUUCAAAACGACAAUGGGCUCGGCCUGACCGCCGCCGACAGCAUCGCCUUCAUGGCCUAUCUCUCCAACCUAACGGUCCCGCUCCAUCUCGCGCUCGGCCUCAAGAACGCCGGCGACAUCAUCGCCGAGGUACUGCCUAUCGUUCAUUUCUCCGUCAACGAGCAGUGCGUCGAGGAGAGCGAGUGCGACACCUUUGCACCCUUCGUCGCCGCCGAUAAGCCUGUAUUCCACAUCGAAUACCCCGAUGGGGCAGGCGACCAAAGCGGGCUGAAGAAGAGCGUCGUGCAGAAGUACUGCGGGGACCAGGGUGCUGCGGCAGGCUCCGGCGGGUUCAGCACCGUGUUAAAGAAGAUGGACCUGGAUGGGUGGGUGGAGUACUGCGAUGAGGCUGUGAGGAUCACGGCAGUGAACAGCACGGAUUCUGCAAGGUGAAACGUCCGACUACCUG